AUGGCAUUGGGAACAGCCGACAGCAUCGAUGCCCCCAGAGAUCCCCUGCCCGAGCCGCUGGGCCCGCAUCUGCGCCUUCUUGGUAUAAACGCCGGCGUCCCGUUCGGAGUCCUCACUUCUGCGCUGGACGCGCUUCAGAUUCGCCCUGCCGUUGCAUUGUUGGUGUGCGACCCAGACACUCACACGCCGCAAGUCAAGUCAAAUCCUGUCAGCAGCAGCAGCAGACCCCUCGACCUGCAGAAACUGGAGAAGAGGGAGAGAGAGAUAGCAACAGGCCCUCACCUGAGACCUGAUCUGGAGCUGGAGCACAGGAACCGGCACAUCAGAGACAGGAGGAAAACACAUACGGAUACCGGUACCUUACACAGAAUUCCCGAGGAGUGA